AUGUCAGAAAUACCUAUACUAUGUAGAGUUCAAGCACUCUACGACUUUAGGUCCAAUGACCCAUCUUCGCUUUCAUUCAGUCAAGAUGAUUUCAUUGAUGUGUUGAAUAAAUUACCGUCUGGAUGGUGGGAUGGCCUGUGCAAUGGCACAAGAGGAUGGUUCCCUAGUAAUUAUGUUAAGAUAAUUGCAUCCAAUAAAGAGCAAGAACCAGAUGAAGAACUGAUUGAUGGACCGAUCAAACGGAACAACGAAUAUAGACUUAGCUUAUCGUAUCAUCAUGUCUCUGACAAGCUACAAACCAACAAUUGGAUAUCGCAGCAGCACGAGCAGCACGAGCAGCAGCAGCAGCAGCAGCAGCAACAACAACAACAGCACGAGCAGCAACAUCAAACAUCUGAUCUUGGAUCCAAUGCCUACUUAUUAUGCAACGAGAGUCUGCUUCAUCACAGCAGCAAAAUAUCAGAAUCUACAGUGAAUCUCGACAGCGAAUACGAAUCCGAUCAGAUAUCCACCAUAGAUAUGCCAAGCUGGUCUGAUCAAAGCACACUGCUGUCGAUUGACGAGAAGCCUCAAUGGUUAAAUCGUGUAACAUCUCAUCAAAGUAACUUUGAUAGUUCAAGUAUAAACUCCAAGUCAUCCUCGAUUGAGUUCAAUCAAGCAACAGCGCCAUUACCACCGCCGCAAUUACUGCCAAGGUCUCCCUCGCGAAGGCCAUCUGUGCGCAGAAUCAACUCAGAUGAACCCCUGAGCUGGAACAAAAUUUCGAGCAACAUUGCCAUCGCCAUCCAUCAGCUCACAACAGCAGCAAAAAGUGGACAAUACAGCCUGUACUACAAAAAUUCAGUGGACGUCGUCAACUCGAUUCGAUUCAUGUUGAUUGCAUCAUCUACUAUUGACAAGGAUUCAGGCUACAUUAAAGCAAAUGGGACAUUGCGAUCACAUCACAGAGCCAUGAUGGCCAGCAUGUCAAAAUUGGUCUUGUCCGCUCAAACCAGCCACACAUCCUUCUCGACUGAAGAUGACCAGCAGAUGAUUGCUAGCAAGAUUCUCACUGAAUCCAGCGAGCUACUGCUCAUGAUUCGCAAUUUUGUCAGUACCUGCCAAUCGCUCAAAAUACCACUGAUACACACAGAUCCUCAAUGGAUCGAUGAGAAAGACCCAGAUCAAGUAUUAGGCUCCACCAGACGUCCUUUCAACAACAACAAUCGCUACAGCCUGCAGAUCAAUCUAGCAGAGAAUUUAGAGACGAUGGGUACAUGCAUUCAGGACUCGGCCGAGAUGAUUAUCAAAUGCAUUUCAUCGUGCCUCCUCAAUAACAACUCGACGCAAUUAUCGCAGGACGACAAGACAUCACUAGCUGCAUUAUUAUUCACUCAUUUUCGUAAUCUCUCUAAUCAAGCCGGUCUAUUUUUGGGUUAUCUCGAUGAAACUGAUUUCAGCAUAGUGCAACAGCAGCUCGAAAUGGCAGAUUUACAGUCUGGCAAGCAGGCGUUAGCAGACAGCUUGGGUCUACUAUUCUACAAAAUGCAAGCACUCACAGACGAGUCAGUACCGGAUUUCGCAGCAAGCUUGAGGGAUACAGAACUGGCCGCCGGAAGCUUGUUUGAACCGAUCGAACUGAUCUGUGAAAGUGUGCUAUGUUUGGCUAGUAAGAAUCGCAGUAGAACCAAUAGCAGUGCGUCCCAUGCUGUGUCUGACAAUAGCGCAUUGGCAAAACAAGCAUCUUCCUCUGUCGUCAUGGAUGAAACAGCGAUACAGGAAGCCGAUGAAGACGACAUGGACGACUUAUUCCCUGAAGAAAAUGACGUACUGAAGCCAUUGAGGCCCAGAAGUCUGGAAGAUGACGAAAGGAGACCUGCAACAGAGAUUAUGGAACGCCAUAAAUCUGAACUGAUACCUCAAACAACGCCUUUACCCUACCCAAUGCAACGAUCGCAAACAGCACCUGCUAUCAAGCAAACCACUUCUUCCAACAAACUCAAAAAGUUCUUUGGUGACGAUGCGCCUUUGCCUGAAACGACAGUGGCCAACAAGCCCAUCGCCAACGAACGCCCCGAAUACUUGGAGUACGAUUAUGGACCCAACGAAAUUGUAUUCAAUAUGGAAGGCAAUGUCAAGGGUGGCACGCUGGUGGCACUAGUGGAACGACUGACACUGCACGACUACUUGGAUAUGAACUUUAUCAAUACCUUCCUGUUGACCUACCGCUCCUUCUGUAGCUCUAUGGAUCUACUAGAUCUGUUAGAGGCAAGAUACAAUCUGCAAUGCCCACCUGGCUUAUCGGAAGAAGAUGCGUUUAUCUGGGAAGAAAAGAAGCUGAAGCUGGUCAGACUUCGCGUCUUUAAUGUGCUCAAGAAUUGGCUUGAACUGUACUACAAUGAAGAUGACAGUGUGUUGCUGGAUCGCUUAUUGGAGUUCACUCAGUCCAACAUUAGAAAGACACUCAAGUUUUCUAACGGGCAAUUGGAGUCGUUGAUUGAAAGAAGAAGAAAUGCGGAUACCAUGGAUGGACACAAGAAGAUGAUUCUGACGUUACCGGAUCCACCUGAGCCUAUUCUGCCCAGAAAUAAACGUCGCUUCAAGUUACUAGAUAUUGAUACCCUGGAGAUGGCUCGUCAAUUGACUAUCAUGGACUUUAAGCUGUACAGCGCUAUCAAACCCAUUGAGUGCUUGGACAAGGCUUGGUCAAGAGACGAAGAAGGCAAUGUAGCUGUCAAUAUCAGAGCCUCUAUCGAAUACUGUAAUCAAAUCACGUCUUGGGUUUCUGAUGUUAUCUUGAGUCAACACGACAUCAAGAAGAGAAGUGUCCUGAUCAAAUACUGGGUCCAAGUAGCAGAGAAAUGUCGAAUCUUAAACAACUUCAAUACGUGUAUGGCCAUUCUAUCUGCUUUUGACAACAGUUCCGUUGGAAGACUAAAGCGUACCUGGGAAGUCGUUGGUGCCAGAACAAACCAAACUCUGCAACAAAUCCGUAAACUCAUGGGCGCUAAUCGCAAUUUCAUUGAAUACCGUGCCAUCAUUCAUUCCAUCAAUCCUCCUUGUAUACCGUUCUUGGGUAUCUAUCUCCAAGAUUUAACCUUUAUUGAGGAUGGUAAUGCCAAUGAACUUAAGAAAUCAAAGGAGUUGAUCAACUUUGCUAAGCGAGCCAAAACUGCUGAAGUGAUACGAGAAAUCCAACAAUAUCAAUCUUCCUUAUACCAACUAAAACCAGUCGAAGAUUUACAAGAAUUUGUCAAGGCCAAUCUACAAAGCACUCGAGAUGAAGAACAGCUGUACAAGGAGAGUUUAAAACUAGAGCCAAGGGAACGUGAGGAUGAAAAGAUCACUCGUCUGUUGCAAGAAUCAGGCUUCUUGUAA